AAAAGACGAAGCAGAAGCAGAAGAAAAAGAACGUUGUUCCUGUCACACCUUAUUCUCCGCUUCGUUCGCAGCUGAAUCACUGCAGUCCAACAACUUAGUCUUUUUCGGUCUUUGUUCACCAAAAUGAGGGAAAUCGUGCACCUUCAGGCUGGCCAGUGUGGAAACCAAAUUGGAUCCAAGUUUUGGGAAGUCAUUAGCGACGAGCAUGGCAUCGACCCAACCGGGUCAUACCAUGGGGACAGCGACCUGCAGCUGGAUCGCAUCAACGUGUAUUACAACGAGGCUUCAGGCGGAAAGUAUGUCCCCCGGGCAGUGCUGGUGGACUUGGAGCCCGGCACCAUGGACUCAGUGAGGUCCGGUCCCUUUGGCCAGAUCUUUAGACCAGACAACUUUGUCUUUGGCCAGAGCGGAGCUGGUAAUAACUGGGCUAAGGGUCACUACACUGAGGGAGCCGAGCUGGUGGACUCGGUCCUGGAUGUGGUGAGGAAGGAGGCGGAGGGCUGUGACUGCCUGCAGGGCUUCCAGCUCACACACUCCCUGGGUGGAGGAACCGGCUCAGGCAUGGGCACGCUGCUCAUCAGCAAAAUCCGAGAGGAGUAUCCCGACCGCAUCAUGAACACUUUCAGCGUGGUGCCUUCGCCUAAGGUUUCAGACACAGUAGUGGAGCCGUACAACGCCACCCUCUCGGUCCACCAGCUGGUGGAGAACACAGAUGAGACCUUCUGCAUUGAUAAUGAGGCACUGUAUGACAUCUGUUUCCGCACGCUGAAGCUCACCACCCCCACCUACGGAGACCUCAACCACCUCGUCUCAGCCACCAUGAGCGGGGUGACCACAUGUCUGCGCUUCCCCGGCCAGCUCAAUGCUGAUCUGAGGAAACUGGCUGUCAACAUGGUGCCCUUCCCCAGGCUGCACUUCUUCAUUCCGGGCUUCGCCCCGCUGACCAGUCGUGGCGGCCAGCAGUACAGGUCGUUGACGGUUCCUGAGCUCACCCAGCAGAUGUUCGACUCCAAGAACAUGAUGGCAGCCUGUGACCCGCGCCACGGCCGCUACCUCACGGUCGCCGCCAUCUUCAGAGGCCGCAUGUCCAUGAAGGAAGUGGACGAGCAGAUGUUGAAUGCACAGAACAAAAACAGCAGCUACUUCGUUGAGUGGAUCCCAAACAACGUGAAGACUGCCGUCUGCGACAUUCCUCCCCGUGGCCUCAAGAUGGCCGCCACCUUCAUCGGCAACAGCACGGCCAUCCAGGAGCUGUUCAAGCGCAUCUCAGAGCAAUUCACUGCCAUGUUCCGCCGCAAGGCCUUCCUCCACUGGUACACUGGCGAGGGCAUGGAUGAGAUGGAGUUCACAGAGGCUGAGAGCAACAUGAACGACCUGGUGUCUGAGUACCAGCAGUACCAGGACGCCACCGCUGAGGAGGAAGGCGAGUUUGAAGAAGAGGGCGAAUAUGAAGAUGGAGCCUAGAUGCCCACAACAACCUUUUUCUCUCCCAAUGCAACAGUUAAUUAAAGAGGUCAUAUUAUGCUUAGUUCCAGGGACCGAUUUGCAUUUUGUGCCUCUUCUGUGACAUGUUUACAUGGCUUAAUGUUCAAAACGUGCUUUAUUUUUCUCAUUCUGCUGCUGUAUUCAUUUGUGAUAAUGUAACAGUGACCAGACCAGGGGACUAAUCACUGAAUGUGACAAUUACUGUCUGAUGUGCAGUGUUAUUCUUUUGCCAAAACAAAUCAUAGUUUACACUAAAAGCUACAAAUAGUGUCAGGAACUUGUCUCUGUUAUAAUAUUCCUGAUGUGCUUGUAGUGGUAAAUUGGGAUCAAAUGUGAUUUUAAUAAAGAUGUAUUAUUUGGUUCCAAAUUGUGUUGUUACUUUUGUCUCAACUGAACUAUGACCAAUGUUUUAUUUACUGAACUUAUGAAGUAGACUAAUUUGUUAGCUUGAAUUGAAGCCAAUUGCUGCCAAUAAGAGUGAAAAAAGGAUACUCUGUAACUAUCUCAAAAUCAUGAUUUUGAACAACAUUAAAGAUUCAGAUCGAAGACUCA